AUUUGUUCGAGUUGAGUUUAUUAAUGAAAUGAUAGAUAUUAUGGAUGAAUUUUUAAAUAGAAGCGCUUUCGCGCGGUUACAAGAGAAUGUCGAAGACGAUUGGUGGACUAAAACUGAAUGAGUAAACGUAAUGGCACGUGAGGAUAGUAGCAAUCCAAUAGCUGGCUUGUACUUGCACGCUAUAUCCAAUGAUAUGAACCAAUCAAUAAAUUGCACUAACAGAAUUGACGUUGACACAACCCACUGGCAGAAGUGUUUUGUUCAUCACUUGUGGCUUAUCAAUGAUACUUCAAGAUACUAUCUUUCUAAUACAUAUAUAUAACUUUGUUCUUUUCGCUUGAACUACAGUAAAACAUUGGAUAGGGGUUUUGUACAUUGCAGUAGGAGCGUCUUCAUAUCAUACUAAAGUUUCCAAUCAACAAAUCAUUCUCCAAAAACAUAUCUUACUUAGGUUCCAGAAGAGUCUGUACAAAAUGUCUCUAUAUCCAACUCUCGAAGAUUUAAAAGUAGAUCAUAUGAUAAAGGCUCAAAUACAAACGGAGUCACAAUAUAAUGUUCCACCUAUAGCACAAGAACAAACCAAUCCAUCUGCACCUGUUUAUAAUGCCUUUUCUAAAGCAUUAUAUCCUUCAUUAGGAGACUAUAUGGGUUUAGAACUUACUGAAGAAGUGAUAGCACAAAAUAUGCCUGAAUAUUCCCUUGUGAACCAUAAUAUGACAGUAAGUGUGCCUGCAACCUCAGGUCCUUUAGCAGGUAUGGUUGCACCUUUGUCUGGCCAAUCUUUAGGAUUACAGAGAGCACAAGUUACAAACGGUAUAAGAGAAUUAAUACUUUGCAAAGAUAAAGAUGGUAAAAUAGGAUUGAGAGUACAUGCUGUAAAUAAUGGCAUUUUUGUAUGCUUGGUAAACCAAAAUUCACCUGCUGCACUUGCCGGAUUAAGAUUUGGAGAUCAAAUUUUGAGUAUCAAUGAUGUUUCUGUUGCUGGAUAUACAAUGGAUCAAGUUCACAAAAUAUUCAGAAAUGCUGAUAUUAAUGGCAUUAGAGUAAUAGUAAGAGACAGACCAUUCGAACGCACAAUAACAAUGCAUAAAGAUAGUAUGGGAUAUAUUGGAUUUCAGUUCAAAAAUGGAAAGAUAAUUGCUUUAGUUAAAGAUUCUUCAGCUGCUAGAAAUGGACUUUUAACAGAUCAUCAAAUAUUAGAAAUUAAUGGAAAGAAUGUUAUAGGAUUAAAAGACAAAGAAAUCACAGCAGAGAUUGAAAAAGGUGGAAAUAUAAUUACGGUGACGGUUAUUCCAUCGUACAUUUUUGAUCACAUGAUUAAAAAAAUGAACACCAGUUUAUUGAAAACAAUGAUGGAUCAUUCUGUGCCAGAUGUUUAAAAUAGUCUUCAACUUGUAAUUUAGAAAUCGAUUUUAUAUUUUAAUCUUUUGAAGAUAUACAUGUGAUUUUUUGCAUUGCAAUUACCAUACAUAAACCAGGUAUAGUAGUGAGUUUAUAUUUCCAGUACUGGUAAAAGUAAUAUCUUUAAUAAAAGUAAAAAGUAAUAUCUUUAUAAUUAUAUCUAUAUACAGUGAUUCGAUUUUUAACUAAAAAGUUAAUAAAAAUAGUUGGAAUUUUUCAUUGUUUAUCAUAGAUAUAUAUACAAAGAAUACAUAUACAUAUAUAGGUGCAUUUAAAUUUUUUUCAUAUUUACAUAUUAAUAUUUAAUACAUAAAUAUCUAAUGCUUAUUAAUUUUAGUAUUUACAAAUUAUUUGCAAAUCAUUAUUUAUUAUUAUGUAAUUAGAUUCAAGAUGUCAUUGUUGUUGAAGUAAAAAUAUUAUAUCUCUGUUAUUCAUUUAAAAGAAUAGUUCAUAUUUUUCCUUAACAAUUCAAGUUAGAUAAAAAUAUUUUAAACAAUUACGCUUAAUUGUAUAACUUUAUAUUUGCACACAUUUAAGCAAUUUCUACAUUGUAAAGAUUACAUAUCAUUUUGAUUUUAUAUUUUCUUUUAUCUCUGUUUUGAUUACAAUAUUUUAUCAUAUGAAUUUUAUAUAUUGAUAAAUAUUUUAGGUAAAAAUAAAAUAUUUCGUAUCUGCGUAAUUUAUGUGUGCCAAUUCUGCACAAUGUAAAUUAUGUAUUAAGAUAAAAUAUAUAUACAAAUUUUGAAUAAAAUUAUGCUAAAAUUGAAAGUCACGAAUAUAAUAUUUAUAGUUUACCUUAUUUCCUUUAAUAUUCUUAUUGUUUGUUAUUCUUAUUUUACAUUUUUUAACAAGUUUUCUCGUACGAUUACUCUCGAUGUUAACACAUAUAUAUGAUAAGUAUAACGCACGCGCAUUUGAUCUGUUUUAAACAUGGCAGUUUUUGUUUUAUUUCUCGUUUCUGUUAGUCUAGCACAACAGUUAUUAAAGUGAAAUGUAAUUUUAGAUAUUAAUAUGAUGAACGCAGAGUUUAAUUUUCGGAUUAAAGAAUUGUUAUGUAUCCGUAAUACCAUAAGAAAAGUUACCAUCAAUGUCAGUCUAGGUACCGUAAAGUACUAUUAGAUAGUGAGUGAUAUAAAUGCGCUCUGCUAUUAGCGUUAUUUUGUCGAGUCCGGUACCCGACAACAAGAUGUCUCAUCCUGAUUACGAGCAGACUGCUCAUGAUCAUGCAGCAUUGCUUUUACUUUUAAGACCUAUUGGUACACAAAUCAAACAAAAGACUGUUACCAGGUUAUGUGAACGAAUAAUUAAGACAGGCAGUAGAUUCUCUGUGGCCGAUUCUACUGGUGGAACACGUGAAAUUCUUGCUAGAUUCGUUAGGGAACAUCCCGUUGAAAAUAAUGAUUGGGGUGAUUUUCAAACCCACAGAAGAUUAUUAGGAUUAAUUACAUUUGGGAAGUAUGACAAUCAAGUGGAGUUAAAUGAAUUGUGUAGAGUUCACGAAACUUUAAAAGUAAAGUAUAGCGCAACACUGUAUGAUUCACGUGCUAUUCUUUUUGGGCCAGUAGAAUCGAAUAAUGUUCACGAACCUCCAGCAUCAUUUAGCACACCCUCAAACUUCAAAACUAGAGCUGUGUUUUAUAUAGACGAAACAUGUCCUGAUCUAGAGACUCAUGUAAUGGAAUGUCUUAAUUCCUUAUUUUGGAUUUUGGAAUCUAAAAGAUUAGAAAGAUCAAGAGAAAAAAUAGAUAGGGUCUCUCUUUUAUUAGCACCUUUUGAAAAGAAAGAUUUUAUAGGAUUGGACCUUGAAUCAAGAAAUAAUAAAAAGAGAUGUGUAGGUCGAAUGACAAAACAUUUGGGUGAUUUGUGUCUUCAAGCUGGUUUACCAGCAGAUGCUUUGAGCAAUUAUAAUUCUGCAGCCAGUGUAUUACAAGCUGUAAAUGAUUGGUUGUGGCUAGGAGCAGCAUUUGAAGGUUUAUGCGCUGCAUCAGCUUUAGUACUAUAUCCAAAUAUGUGUAGAAGUCUUCCGUUGCAAAGAAAUUCUUCUCUUCAAGAAGGAAGUCCAGGUAAGCAGAGAAGAGGUUCACAAGCUGUGACAAUUUUGCCAUCACCACCAGCUAUAGAAGUGGUAAAGAGUAAUAUGCCACAUAUUUUAUUACCUGAAGAAAUAUCAAAGAAAUAUCGUGAGGCAAUAGUACAUUAUAGCAAAUAUCAGUAUGCUGGAAUAAUUGAAACAGAAGCUAGCUUUAAAGCUACAAGAAUUUCAAUAGAACAAAAUUGUACUUUGCAAGCUGCUUCAUAUUUAAGUAAUGUCAUACUUAUAAACUUGUCACUAAGCGAACAAGAAAAAAUAGAUCGGUUUACUACAUUAUCGGAUUUGUACACAAGUUUUGGUUUUAUAAGAAAAGCAUCCUUUUGCCUAAGAUUUGCUGCAGCAAGACAUGUAUCUCAAAAUAAUCCUAAUCCAGAUUGGCAACAAUGUUAUAAUUUAAUGCUACAAGCUACUUCUGGGUUUAAAUUGUCCUUAGAUCCUGUUGAGAUGUCUCCUGAAAAUCACAGAGGUUGGCCAGUUAUUCAAAUUCAAGUGAUAAAUGAACUUGUUACUGCCGCUAAUCGCAUGGGUAAUCCAGCAUUGUCAACAAGGCACAUGACAUUUUUACUUCAAACAAUGUACAAUUAUUUAACUCCUAGUGAACGAAAAGAAACUGCUUUGCAACUUCAAAACGUGUCUCAACAAUGCGAAGGUGCUCCUGUACCUCUCGUUUUAGAUUCUGGAACAGUUAUACCGCCUGCUAAUUUAACGAAUAUUCCAAAGACCAAGUUAUUUAUUUUAAAAAAUAUGCAACCACAUCUUCAACCUCAAAAGAUUGAGAGAGCUAAAGAAGAUCAUGGUCCAUUUUUAUUUACGCCAAUUAAUUUUGGAUCAUUAGAGAGAAAAAAUAUAUCUAAAAGCAAAGUUGAUUAUUUAUGGGUAGAAGGCGAUAUUUGCGAGGUAUCAAUGCAACUUAUUAAUCCCUUACCGUUUGAACUUCAUGUUUCCAAUAUGAGACUUCUUACAAAUGGCGUGGUAUUCGAAUCAAUUCCCGAAAGCAUUACACUUCCUGCUGAAUCAGGACCAAUUGCAGUAACAUUAGCAGGCAGGCCUAAAGAAGUUGGAGAUUUAGAAAUUCUUGGCUUUAGUACACAUACAUUAGGAGUGAAAUCAAAUUGUAGAUUAAGAUAUAUGGAGGGAAUGGUUCACUCCCAAUAUACUGUCGAAGUAGUUCCAGCUUUGCCGAGAAUAGAAGUAGCUACAAGUUUGCCUCAAACUGCAAGUUUUAGCUCUGGAGAUAAUAUAGUAACUAGUGCAAGUAUAUCAUUAUACGGCGGAGAAAGUGCUGAAUGUACCAUAACAAUUACAAAUAGUGGCCAAGUUCCUAUUGAAACAAUUGAAUUAUCAAUACAGUCAACAUUAGACACAGUAUUGGAAAGUAAAAUAUUUAAAUGGAGUGAUGAAAAUUUAAUGGCACAAUUACCAUUACAAGCUGGUGCUAGUGCCAGCCUUACCUUGUAUUUGUAUGCAGCUACAGAUUUUAUAGCACCUACCUCUCGAAACGAUGUUAGCAGCAGUACAUAUCUCAGUCAACCGAGCAGUUUAAUGUCUCAUUCAGGACACAGUUCGUUACCCUCUAGAUUAAGUUCCCCGUCGCAUACAAAGAGACAAUCCGAAUUAACUUCCUCAUUCAGAUCAGGUUUAAGUUCUCAUUCUGGACGUUCUUCCUUGGCGAGUUCGCGUUUAUCCAAGCUUGCAGUUCCGUUACAUACAUCAAAUGUUGUCGAAGGGCAAUUAAAAAUAAAGUAUUCGGGUGGCGGAGGUCUAACGGCAGGCUACUGUCGUAUCUCGUCAGUUUUUAUUACAAUUGAAAUGUUACCUAGCGUGCAAAUUACAAAUUGGGAUGUGCUUCCAGCAGAAACACCGUCCCAAUUUUACCUCGUGUUAGAUUUAACAAAUAUGACUAAUCAUGAAAUGGAAUUGCAUUACACACAAACUAAAUGUAUAUACAUGGAGGGUAAAGAACCUUGUAGAAUACCUGUACCAGUUGAUCGAUGUCCACUUAAUAAAUUAUCAAUGUUAAACGGAGCAGGUGAUGUCGGAGAGCUUCAGAAAGUUUGUUCGGAACAUAUUGCUUCAUUAGUUGAUUUACGUUGGCAAUUAUUAGGUACAGAAUCGAUCGGUAAAGCAACUCUUUCUGGUAUUACCCUUACUCAAGAUAUGUUGGAUCUUGUUAGAAUGAGUCCCUUACAGUGGGAAAUAAAAAUAAAUGAUGCAGUUGUAAAGGCUCAAGACGAACUUACAUGUAAUUUAGGUGAAUGCGUUAGUGUUGGAAUAGGAAUAUGUAACGCUUUAGAACAUCCAUUGAGCGAUCUUAUGUUAUCUAUCAAUUUUUAUCAAGAUCAUCAUAAUGGUGUAAAUAAUUAUCAAUUAGAAACGAGAUUAUCCAUCGCUGGUGCAAACAAAGUCAUGCUUCCGGCAGAGUAUGGAAGAGUUUAUCACGAAUGUCGUGUAGUAUUUUUUACAACUGGUCAAUAUAAAAUUGAUAUUCAGUGUAGUAGUAAAGAGUCAACUCCAAAUACACCAGUUGUUUGUUCAGAAUUAAUAAACGCUGGACACACGUGGCGUUAUAUACCACCAAUAGAAAUAACUGUUGACGAUUAA